GUCAAUAAGCAUUCUGGGAAAUCUUCAUAAAUGCCAUUGAUGAGAUGAGACGAAUGUUUUUAUCUUUGUUUUUUUCUAAUCACUUUACUCAAGAGUACACACAUGAUUUCCCUUUUCGCUCUCAUGGUUCUUGUGCGUGUAGCUAGAUAGAUGAACUUCUAUCCUCUUGAAUCACGUAUAAUUCAUUCAUUCAAGAAUAUAUAUUAGCUGGAACUGAUCACAUCCUUCUCCAUCAUGGCUUCUUCAAGUUCUUGAACAACUUUCACCAACUCACUUCAAAGUUUUCAUCAUUCCAACCAAGAUUCUUAUAAUCAAAUUUAAACUUUAGGGUUUACUUCAAAAUUUAAUCUUUAUACAUAUAUCGGAAAUAUUCACCGUUUUCAGAGUGAUGAUGGCGGUGAGCUCCGCCUGCAAAGGUGAUCCGAUGGGGAUGGACAACGGAAAAUAUGUCCGGUAUACGCCGGAGCAAGUCGAAGCUUUAGAACGCUUAUAUCACGACUGCCCAAAACCCAGCUCACUUCGCCGGCAACAACUCAUUCGCGAAUGCCCAAUUCUCUCCAACAUCGAACCCAAACAAAUCAAAGUCUGGUUUCAAAACCGAAGAUGUAGAGAGAAGCAACGAAAAGAGGCAUCGAGGCUACAAGCUGUGAAUCGGAAGCUAUCAGCCAUGAACAAGUUGUUAAUGGAGGAGAACGAUAGGUUGCAGAAACAAGUUUCUAAUUUGGUAUACGAAAACGGCUAUUUUCGUCAGCAAACUCAAAACACGGCGCUCGCCACCACGGAUACAAGCUGCGAGUCGGUGGUGACGAGCGGUCAACACCAUUUGACUCCUCAAAAUCCACCAAGGGAUGCCAGUCCUGCAGGGCUUUUGUCUAUUGCAGAGGAGACUUUAACAGAGUUUUUAUCAAAGGCAACUGGGACUGCUGUAGAGUGGGUCCGAAUGCCUGGGAUGAAGCCUGGUCCGGAUUCCAUUGGAAUCAUCGCUAUUUCUCAUGGUUGCACAGGUGUCGCAUCACGUGCAUGUGGUCUAGUUGGUCUAGAACCUACUAGAGUUGUCGAAAUCUUAAAAGAUCGGCCAUCCUGGUGUCGCGAUUGUCGAGCUGUUGAUGUUCUUAAUGUGCUCACAACUGGAAGUAAUGGCACCAUUGAGCUUCUUUACAUGCAGCUUUAUGCACCAACAACUUUAGCUCCAGCACGUGACUUUUGGUUACUUCGGUAUACGUCUGCUUUGGAAGAUGGCAGCUUAGUGGUUUGUGAAAGAUCAUUAAACAAUACUCAAAAUGGGCCUAGUAUGCCACCGGUACCUCAUUUUGUGAGAGCCGAAAUGCUGCCAAGUGGGUACCUAAUUCGACCUUGUGAUGGUGGUGGAUCGAUAAUUCAUAUUGUUGAUCAUGUCGAUUUAGAGUCGGGAAAUGUUCCGGAAGUCUUGCGCCCUUUAUACGACUCAUCAACAUUACUUGCUCAAAGAACUACACUUGCGGCUUUACGCCAAUUAAGGCAGAUUUCACAGGAGAUUUCUCAACCAAUGGUGACUAGUUGGGGAAGAAGACCUUCUGCUCUUCGUUCACUAGGCCAAAGAAUGAGCAGGGGUUUCAAUGAAGCCAUUAAUGGUUUCAGUGAUGAAGGUUGGUCUAUAAUGGAAAGUGAUGGAGUUGAUGACGUCACUGUUCUUGUAAACUCAUCUCCUGAUAAAGUCAUGGGUGCAGCUCCAAUAUACGCAGAUGGAUUCCCAUCGAUUAGCAAUGCCAUUCUAUGCGCCAAAGCUUCAAUGCUCUUACAAAAUGUGCCACCUGCAAUACUUACAAGAUUCUUGAGAGAACAUCGAUCAGAAUGGGCUGAUAGUAGCAUUGAUGGAUACUCGGCUGCUUCGGUUAAAAAUGGUCCUUGUGGAGUACCAAUGGCUAGAAAUGGAAACUUUGGUGGACAAGUUAUUCUUCCAUUAGCUCAUACAAUUGAACAUGAAGAGUUUAUGGAGGUUAUUAAGCUCGAAAAUAUGUCUCAUUAUCGCACGGAAGACAUGCUCAUGCCUGCAGAUAUCUUCUUUUUGCAACUUUGUAGCGGAGUUGAUGAGAAUUCAAUCGGAACUUCCGCCGAACUUAUUUUUGCUCCAAUCGAUGCCUCUUUCACUGAUGAUGCACCACUUUUACCUUCUGGAUUUCGUAUAAUCCCCAUUAAUAAUGUUACGAAUCACCCUAGUCAGAAUCCGACACGUGACCUGGCAUCGGCUCUCGAGGUGGGCCCACCCGGGAGCCGAACACCAGCGGAUUACCUUGGACAAUCGGGGCCCACGAAAUCGGUUAUGACCAUUGCGUUUCAGUUUGCUUUUGAGAUCCAUCUUCAAGAAAACAUAGCAGCCAUGGCUAGGCAGUAUGUGAGAAGUAUCAUUGCGUCUGUUCAAAGGGUCGCAUUGGCACUUUCACCUUCACCUUUUGGCCCUAGAAGUCUUCAAAUUCCCAAUGGUACCCCUGAAGCACAUAUGUUGACUCGUUGGAUCUGUCAAAGCUUUCGUUGCUUUCUUGGUGAAGAUCUGUUUAAAACGGUUGAUGAACGAAGUGAUUCGAUGCUUAAAACACUUUGGCAUCAUUCAGAUGCCAUAAUGUGUUGUUCCUUAAAGGCGAUGCCAGAUUUCACAUUUGCAAAUCAGGCGGGGUUAGAUAUGCUUGAGACAACAUUGGUUUCACUUCAAGAUAUUACUCUUGACAAGAUUUUUGAUGGAGGUGGAAGAACGAAUGUUUGCUCUGAGCUCCCACAAGUUCUACAACAGGGUUUUGUGUGUCUUCCAGGUGGCAUUUGCUUGACGAGUAUGGGGAGACCUGUGUCGUAUGAAAGAGCAGUAGCUUGGAAGGUGUUGAAUGAUGAAGAAAGCCCUCAUUGCAUAGCUUUUGUAUUCGUUAAUUGGUCUUUUGUUUGAGUGGCUGAAAGAAAAUGGAAAGAAAAACUUGGUGUUUUUAGGGAGAUAAGUAGGUUUAGAAAGCCAAACAUGCAUGGUGCAUACUAUAGGAAUAUUUGAAGGGGUUUGGCUUUCUUUUGUUGUGCUACACUUUUGUGCUUUGUUCUUUGAGCUUAUAAGAUCUUUGUGUUUAUUUAAAGAUUCUUGAGUGUAGUUUUAGGGUUGACUUAUUUAACUUUUCG